AUGGAUUUAAAACGAAUUUUGGAUGCAAAACCCGAACCUCAGGUUAUUGAUAAAGAGCAUUUCUUUAUUGACCCAGAUUAUCAAAUAUCAAACAACUAUAAAAUACUUACGCCGAUGAGUGAUUUCCAGAAAGAAUUAACCGACCAGAUUGUUUCAUUACAUUACAGUGAUAUUCUUAAAUUCUUUGAAAGAGCAAAUGACAAGAAUAAUGAUGGGCUUACUUCUACAAACAGAAAAAUUAUUUUAGACUCUUUGCAUACCAUGUUAAACAACGAUCAGCUCAUCACUUCGCAUCCUUACCUUUUGAUUGAUCAUUACUUUCCUAAAAGCUUGACUAAUAGAGACUUACCGAAACGGUUAGCGGAGACAAGUGGUAAAUUUCAAGUUUUGAAUGAUAUUUUAAAUAUACUGGAUGCUGCAUAUAAUCCUAGGGAUAAAAAUGAUCAUUCCAGAGAUAGCAAUAAAAAUAUUGAUGUUGGAAUUGUUGCUAGAGAAGGUAAAACCUUAGAUCUAGUUAACUCCCUUUGUACCGGUUCAAAAUGCUAUUUGAAAAGAUAUUCAGGUGUUAAGGUUAGGGAUUCCAGUGCAAAGCAAAAGGCGCAUAUGGGACUUCACUUAACAGUGCAUCUCUUUCCUUCCAGUAUGGAAAAUUUAAAUGAGAAGGACCUGCCAAACAAUGAAGAAGACGAAAACUUAGGUCUCGACUUUUUAAUUCUUUUUGAUGUAACAGCAGACCCUAAUAAUGAGAAACUUCGCAAAUACCUAUCCUCACAAACACAAAUAUUACAAUUAGUCCCGAUAUAUUCGGUGGACCACAUUGCACUUUAUUUCAGAAAUCAAUUUAGCGAUAGAUCUAGUGAUGAUUAUAUAAGAAGAGUUGUUGCAGCCGUUGUGAGCAUGAGGGGAAGCGUUGGCCAACUUCCUACAAUCUUGAAACCUGUGUAUACUUCACACCUGAAGUAUUUAACUGAUUGGUUUAAGCAGCCUUGCAAAACUGACUGGCCAUUGCCGGACAUUCCUGAAAUUCCAAUAUUUCAUAGUAAAGAUGUUGAGCACUCGUUGCUUACUGAAGUCAAGUUCAAUUUUGAUAACAAGGAUUUUUUAAAGGAGGAAGCGGAAUCAAAGGAAGAAUCCAAGGAGUUAAAUUUGAAUUUCAAUUUUGGAAGCGGUAAAACUAAAAUGGUGAGCCAUAUUGUACAGCCCCGCUAUUGCGGAGAAAAUGAGAAGAAGCUUGAUUUUUAUGAAUCAAAAAGAUGGCAGAAAAAGUAUUUAACGAAUCCUCUCAACAGUGAUUAUUACAAACUUACUGGUAUCUCAAAAGAGAUUCAUCAGGAUGAGGUCCUCACUCAUACACUUAUAUACAGUCUCACGAUGAAAAUGUCUGCAUUGCAAAGCACUAAUACAGAACUUAGGAUGUUUGAUGAUACGUUUGAAUCGAGGAUGAAAGAAUUUGCAAUUAUGAGGAGAGAAUACAGUCGAAUGUUGAGGAAGGCAGAAAAUAUGCGGAAAAAUGUAUUUUCAAAGACAACAGCAAUAGAGGGUCUUGAUGUUAGGAUUGAAAAGUUGAAGAAGGAGUUAUCGAUGGUAAGGGAGGAUGUUUCUAAGCUAGUCAACUCCUUCUCAACAGAGGGUGAAAAGUCGGCAAGUAAGAAAUGGAUAUGCUUAGAUAAGGAGACCGUAGAAUGCAAAGAUAAUAUGACCCGGAUCCAAAAGAAGGUGGAAUCGAACAAUACGGAAAUGAAGUACAUGAGAGAAGAGCUGAUAAGAGCGAAGAAGUCUGUAGAGGAGUCUGCCGUUCAGUUUGAUAAAAAGAAAUCAUACGCACGACAAUUACGUGAGAAAAUAAAGGAACAAUCCGAAGAAACGUCAACCGCCAACUUGAAAAAGAAGCAACUAGAGCAGGCCAAAGAAAAUUGCGAUAAAGCUAGAAAUAAAAACAUAGAACUUCGUGAUCGGCUCGAUCUUACAUUAAAAAGACUUGUGGAAGCAUCUUCGGGACGAUCUAGAUACGUGAACUAUGCCCGUGGUGGUCUUUUGGGUUAA